GCCUGAUUGGUUGCCUUAUCAUGUCUUGGAAUUGGCGGACGACAACGCAGCCACAACGCCGUAGUUCGCAUUUUUGCAGCCCUUGUCGUUCAUGUCAACGGAAAAAGGCAACCAACCAUCCACUUUGUCAGCUGAUAGAGGUCACGUCCAUCUCGAGACACCGACAAAAACGGAACGAGGGAAAAAAACACAGCACAUACCCCUACGACACGGCAUGCAGAACGUACUUUCCGACGGCGCCGCAUAGAUUAAUUUGCUGCAAGUCCGCGUCCUCUCACCUCUAAGCUGCCGGCCGCAGCAGCGGAAUUCUUGCCACCCGCAGCUCGGCUCAGCAGACGCUGCACUCCUCAGUGGUCAGCAUCGGGAGCUGCCAUCGCGAGGAGGGCGCCAUUGGCGGCCACCCUCCCACUCACCAGCUCGCGGUUGGGUAGCAGCGCCAAGUGGUAGAGAAAGAUAUCUAUCGUCGGCAGGCAGGUACUUUCCGAGAUAAAGGGUGUAAGGCCAAGGUGAGGCGAGGGCCAGGUCGGUGUGUGUGUUCUGCUUGUGCUGCCUUGCGACGUGUCGGGCCUUGUUGGGCCGCUCGUCUGGCGUCUCGGCGGCUUGAUGACAAGCAGAGAGCCCCGGCUGGCGGCUCCUCCUCACCUCUCUGCCCACCACGACGCCGACUGCCUUGACCUGAUCAGCCCGGAUCGGGCGCAGCAAGCCAUCGACUCGACCACAGAGCGUGUACCUCGGAGCGCGUGGCACUGCCGGUUCUCCAAAUCACGGGACGCUGCUCCUUGCUUUGGCCAGAGAUCCCCGUCUUUCCUCAACCGAAGUGGGAAGCCUGCAGGCCGGCGACUGCGGUGCCGUUUCGGUUGGCAGUAACAUACUAUGAGCCGCUCAGAACAUACCAUGUGGGACAGGACUGGGGAAAGCAUGUGCGACCAGCCAGAAGAAGAAAAAGAAGAAGGACAAGAGCAUCAGCAGCAGCAGCAGCAGCAGCAGCAGCCUCUGCUCGAGGGUUCUGCGGCCGCCAACGCCGACAGGCCGCCACCCCUAGUCGAGCAGAGGCGCUUGCCAGGAGCGGGCCCUGUGAGGUCACAGCCUUGGCCGCAGCCCCAGCCGCAACCACAACGACAGCCGCAGCACCAUUAUCAGCAACAGCACCCGCUGCCGCCGCAGAGACAGGGCCACAAUGUGUUUACACCCGCCAGGCGGCCCCCCACCGGUCCAGCUGCCGGAAGACUACCCCCGCGUGGUCCCGCGCCGCGCCCACCAGCUGGUAUUCCGAGGGCCUUUGAGACGCCACUUGACUCGCGCUUCGCCCUUGUCGAGAAGCCGAAGCGCUUUUUCACCGUCGGACGCAUCUUCAAGACGGUCUGGUUCGAGCCAGGCGGCACCGCCCUGGCCGGCACGCCUGGGUCGCUCGGCCCCGGGCAGCAGCAACGGCAGGAUGUCGACUAUGCGCAGGCUUGCCCGGCGUUCCACUCGGAGAAGCCGCACGCAAAGUUCCGGUGGUUCGUCGUAGUGCGGCGGCGCCUGCACCACUCGCUCUGCUUCUCCAUCACCACCUCCAACAACGGCCGCAACAGCAACAACGGUGGCGGCAACAUCCCCGGCGGCCCGCGGCAGGGUGUGCGGGGAAGGCCGAGGGACUUUGUGGUGCUGUACUCGGCGGCGGCGGCGGCGGCUGGGACGAGCGGCGAGGCGCCGACGGGGCCGACGCCCAGGCCGCCCUCGCCCAUGGAGGGCGAGGGCAUUGACAGGGCCCCGCUCGGGGUCAUCAUCGAAGACGGGGCGCAGGCCAUCUCGCCGCUAGCGCGGCUCGACUGCGGGCGCAUCUACACAGUCGAGGACAACGUCAAGGUCAUGAAGAUUGGGCGCAUCCAUACGGACGGGCUAAAGAAGCUGGACGAGUACUUCAGGGAGUCGGUCAGCUGAGCAUAUGCAUUGUGGGCCGUUGAUGUUGUUGGCUAAAAGCCAGGUGACGGAACUGGAGGCAUCAAAUUUGUUGGAGGCGUUUGUGAUUUGUGGCAACGGCGGUUGGUUGGGCCCUUGUAAUUUCCCCGUGUUUCUGUGCAGUUCUUCCUUCUGCUGGCCCAACUCUAACCAAAGACAGAGACAAUCAAAUGCUAUUAACUGCACAGA